AUGUCUGUCAUGCCCAUUGGUCCAACGACAUGCCACAGGCUGGAUUCCGAAAAACAGGGCUAUUUGAGAAGCUUGGCAGUGAAAUUGAGCGCAGCUUUGCACACUGGCUGCCCAGCUCAGCUGGUGCUUUUGGCCCUACGCUUCGGCGAGGUGAUUACGGAGGAGGACGUGCAACGAGUGUGUCAUAGCCUAUCUGAGAGACGAUCAAAGGACCAGUCAGGCUUGCACUUUACGGCCCUGUGUGCUCUGAUGGCACCAGAUGAGUGGCUUGACAACGGCAAGGGGGGAUGCACCCGGGAGGAGAAUGGAGACACGAAGGUGGGUGCCUCAGGGAGACGCGCGAGAGUCAAUGGCUACACGGGGUGGUUGCAGUUUGUUGCUCCCGCUAUGCAGGCGCUCAAGCGGGCCUUGCGCGCGGAAGCGCAAGAGAGGCUAGUGGCGGAGCAGGAGCAAAAGAAAGGAAAGGCGCAACCUUGCCGAGAAGAAUCGCAUGCGGGGCUUCUUUGUAGCUUGGAUGAUACUUUGGCCUUGGGUACCCAGAAGGCGAUGGUCUUCGACUUGAUCACGGUGGGGGUUGCGGUGAUCAUCUCGAAUGCUCUGGUGAUGGGCGUCAGCACGGAUGUGGAUUCAGAGAGCACCGCCUGGGAUGUCACGGAAGUGGGCUUCUUUGUUUUCUACCUCUUGGAGUACUUGAUCAAGCUCCGCACGCAGAGCUGCCGCGGCUACUACACCGGUUCCCCGAUUUUCGAGCUUCCAGGCUCAGAUGCCUUCAUGCUGGUGAGAAUGCUGGGACGCCCCAGUUGUAGCAUCCCCUCUGGGUUGCGACUGGCACGACUCGCCCGCUUGGUGUGGGUGCGACUGAUGCGUUUCCGGAUGUUCCGAGAGUUGAAGCUGAUGGUCCUGGGCCUCUUUUCUGGGCUGCGUGCCCUAGGAUCAUUUAUGUUCGGACCUCAGUCCAGCGAGUUUCCAUGGUAUCGUUGCCUUCCCCGUUUGCUGGAUACGUGGCAGGUGGGCCUCUUCAACCUCAUCAUGGAUUUCUAUCCAGUGGAUCUGGUGGUUCAGCGCGUGCGUAACUUGGAGGUCUUGAGAUCGCAGGGGCAACGCAAGCUGCGAGAGAUCGGUGCAGGGACUCAGGGGACUCAGUGGAGGUUCCUGUGUGAAAACACUGUGGCCACAUCAAAUCGGGGACUCUUCAGUCGUCUCUCUGCGUCCGCGCAGCAGCAGCUGACAUCUCUGACCUCCAAAGAUGACUACUACAGCGAUCAGGCGGCGAAGAAGAAGGUGGCGGAAGCCGCCUAUCGAAUUCUCCAAGAGGAUCAGGUACGAACUCGGGCGGAAUUUCAAGGUCUGCAUCUCCAGAGAAAUGUCUCCUUGCUGUUCGCCCUGUGGCUACAAGAUACCGAGUUCACAGCCAUGUUGGAGGAAGCCGAUGUGGAUAUGUCCGACAAGUUCCGCAUGUUUGACAUCUUGGACGUGGAUAUGGGAGGCGAACUUUCUGCCGAUGAAUUGGUGACGGGUCUUAUGCAGUACCUCGGCGGAACCAUCGCACCUGAUGGCUGCGCGGAGAUGUAUCGAAGCUUGGUUUCGAGGAAAGGCGACAUUGUGGCGAUCAUGCUCAAGGUGCGACACCUGACCUAUGCCAUCGAAGAAAUCCAACAAACCCUGAAGGAAUCUUGCGAAGGAAUUUUCGGCUGUGGAGCUGUCUUAGACACCUCCGGCCGUUUGUCCAUUGCUCUGGGCGCGACAUCUCUGACACA